AUGUAUAAUUUUCCUUAAUAGAAUUAAUAAAAGCAAAAUCCACCUAUGAAUCAAGCCUUUCCCCCUAAUGUAAACUAAACAGUCAAUUAGAAUGGGUUUCAAAUUAAGAAUUAACCACCUGUACUUGGGAAUCCAUAAUUUUAGACACCUAAUUAAAUACCAAAUAUUUAAUAGGGAUAAGGAAAUCCUCCUCAAUAAAUGAAUUAUGUAUAUUAUUAAAAUAAUUAGAACAACCAACAACCAAAGCCUUUAGGAUUAUUUUAACCCUAACCUUCCCAAUUUGGAAUAUUAGGUAAUAAUCAAUAGAUGCCUAAUAAUAAUAUUAAUUAAUAGAUGCCUAAUAAUAAUUUUAAUCAAUAGAUGCCUAAUAAUAAUUUUAAUCAAUAGAUGCCUAAUAAUAAUUUUAAUCAAUAGACCGCUUUUAAUAUUAACAAUCAAUAGAUUCCUUAAAACCAAUAGGCUCAUAAUAUUAAUAAUAAUCAAUAGUUUCCUUUUAAUAAUAUUAAUCAACAAAAUCAAAUAAAUAAUUAACUCAAUUUCAAUAUAAUCCAGCCAAAGCCGUAAGGUAAUCAGCCACUUAACUAAAUUCCAAAAGUUGAUGCUAAUCAAAUGUCAAAUUAAGCUACAAAUCCCCAAUUAGGCGCUUAAACCAAUAAUAAAUACGGAUUUAAAGCUGGAGAAAAUCCUUUAUAAUUUAAUUAAUUCAAUAACAAGCAGAUGGCUGGAUAAUAACCUAUAAUACAGCCUACAAUUUAACAAGUAUUAAAGUAUUAUUCAUAUUAUUAAGUAAAAAUACACACGUGUUGAUGUGAAAUGUGAAGAGGAUAAAAAGUAAUUGGUGAAGAAUUUAAACUAAUACUUUAAGGAUGGAAAUUUUGAUUAUGCAAUAGAAUGUAUAAAGCAAAUUAUCGAAAAUGACAUUAGAGUAAAGCUUCCGGAAUAAGUCAAUGUUAAAUGA